AUGUGUAGGAUCGUACAAUUUCCUUUUUCAGCGAAUCUACUCUUGAGAUCCUUCCUGGUGGUACCAUCUGAAUUGAACAUCAUACAUCCAAACAUCUGCAAACAUCCCAGCCUCCUGUGUUGUUUUUUGGUUGGCAUUACGUGGUGUCAGAAGCAGGAUACAGGAUGCAGACCUGCCCAAGCCCUCACCAACUCUGACACUGCCUUGGAUUCAAAGCAGUGGCUCCAUUCCACAGACAAGGAAAAUGAGGCUCCAGAACCAGCGGGCAGCCCUGCUGCUGGGAUGAGGCAGAGCAGUGACCUGAACCCCGAGGCAGAAGAGUCUCAGCGGGGCGGUUAUCUGUCUGCUGAAGACACAGAUACACACUUAAAAAGACAAGAGAUUGGACUUCCCCGGUGGCUCAGUGGUAAAGAAUCUACCUGCCAACGCAGGAGACCCUGGUUUUACCCCUGCUUCAAGAAAUCCCACAUGCUGAGGAGCAGCUAA